ACUACUCAUCAGUGACCUAAACUUUUUUACUAUGUUAAUAGCUACCUAUAUCUUAUGAAAUUGAAGGGAUAUAUGUGUAUGUGCUUUUUCAAUUGAAUAUAUAUGUAUGUACAUAAGAGCAUUUAGCAAGGUAAUUAGCCCAUGAAACUAAUAGUGAGUAUUGAUUGCUACGUUCGUGUAAGCUAUAAAAGCGACUUAGUUUCGACAGCUUUUGCAGUUGCUGUAAGUUUUCGAUACAACACGGUGCGCGUUCGUUGCUUAAAUCUUUUGUUUUAUUUCUAAUAUCGUUGUAUUGAGUAUAAAAUGAAACUCCUCAUACUUGCUAGCUUUUUAUCUUUAGUUUCUCUCGCCAUUGCCGAAGAUAAAUACACCACUAAAUAUGAUAACAUUGACGUUGAUGAGAUAUUAAAGUCUGAUCGUUUAUUCAACAAUUAUUUCAAAUGUCUGAUUGAGACGGGCAAGUGUACACCAGAGGGACGGGAGUUAAAGAAGACGCUUCCGGAUGCAUUAAAAACCGAAUGUAGCAAAUGUAGUGAAAAACAGAAACUAAAUACUGACAAAGUUAUACGUUAUGUCAUUGAUAACAAACCCGAUGAGUGGAAACAACUUCAAGCUAAGUAUGACCCUGAGGGUAUAUAUGCAGCAAAAUAUAAGAAAGAAGCGGAGAAGCAAGGAAUCACAAUUUAAAUAACAUUUCAUAACAUAUGACUAAUGCAUACUGUAUAUAGUUUUGUCAGUACAUAUUUGUAAAUAAGCACAUUUUUGUACACACAUGUAUUCAUGUAAGAGCUGACGUAUAUUUAAAUAAAUAAAUAUUAUUGCGGGGGAUA